UAGCUUUUUGCACUUGUGUUAGUUUCUCUCCCUUGUCCGUCUUUUUGAUCGAAGAGGGAGGGAGCGAGCAUUUAAUAAGACUUCAAUUCCAUCCAUCGAUCAUUCAAUUCAUAUGUGAUGACUUGAAUGAAUCUGAGAAUUGAAUGCACAGUCCCCGGCCGGCCGGCCCGCCUAUCCAUUUUCAUUUCAUUAAACACAUCACACACGAGAACCUCGAUCCAUCCAUCAUUGUUUCACCUCCCAAUUAAUUCUCUCUCUCUCAUAUUCGCCUCGAUCGCAGCCAAUUAAGUUAAGCUCUGAUUCACUAUCUAUCUUUUGUUACGGUUUAUCAACCUAAAAUUAAUAAUGCCACAACAGGAAAUAGUCAGUAGUAAUUUUCAUCAUCAUCAAAUGCUGAUACUAAACUCACCUGCACCCACCAAAAAUUACUCCAGAGGACUACUUAAAGGAGCCGAAGACUUCAUCGACGAUCGUGAAUUAGCCCAACGUAAAGCCGAAGCAGCAGCUGCUAGGAGGAACCAGGCUGCAGAAUGGCUAAGACAAAUGGACCAUGGUGCGGUGGAGGUGCUGCCCAAUGAACCCUCAGAGGAACACUUCUGCCAAUCUCUUCGCAACGGCCUCAUCCUCUGCAAUGUCCUUAACAAGGUCAAUCCUGGAGCAAUUCCAAAGGUAGUAGAAAUUCCAGUCAUUGACACUGAAGGGGCAGCACAAACUGCAAUUCAGUAUUUUGAAAACACGAGGAAUUUUCUAGUAGCUGUUGGUCAAAUGAAGCUUCUUACCUUUGAGGUAUCAGAUUUAGAAAAGGGAGGCUCAUCUGGUAAAGUUGUAGACUGUAUAUUGUGUUUGAAAGGUUAUUAUGAGUGGAGGCACUCAGGUGGUGUUGGGGUGUGGAAGUAUGGUGGAACUGUGAGGAUCACUUCUUUCCCCAAGGGCUCACCUUCUUCUUUGAUAGGCAGUGAAAGUGCAGAUGAAUCACUUGAUGAGUCCGAGUCAUCACAGUUUGAAGAGUUGCUUGAGUACCUACAUUCAUCAAGUGAGGUGUCCCUCGAGGAAUCUAAAGUGUCAACUGCACUUACCUUCCUGUUUGACCGUCUUAGCAUCGGGCUUUUACAGGCUUAUCUCACAGAAACCAAUGAUCUUGAUGACUUCCCUUUGAAUUCAAUGGUUAUCGAUAUAGUACUCAAGAAGGCAGUUAAAGAUCUUUCGGCACUGCUUGUAUCUCAAGGAAAUCAGCUUGGUAUCUUUUUAAAGAAUAUGUUAAAGGGCAACUGCAAACCAUUAUCAAAGCAUGAAUUCCUACAAGCCAUUUCAAAAUAUAUAGACCAAAGAUCUGGUUUAGUGUCAAAUGAUUUCUUCAAGUUUUGCAUAUGUGGUGGCCAGAGUAAAGGCAUGCAGCACAAUAUUAAUCACACAUCAGACAAUACAAUCAUACUGGAUCUUCAGCAGAAACAACUAGAGGAUCUAGAAGCUAGGUUUCAUUUGACAAAAUUGGAAAUCCAACAAGCUCAUCUGACUUGGGAACAAGAACUUAAGAAACUAGUACAUCACACUAAGGACCUUGAAGUAGCCUCGUCUUCAUACCACAAAGUUUUAGAAGAAAACCGACAGCUCUACAACCAGGUUCAAGACUUAAAAGGGGCAAUAAGAGUUUACUGUAGAGUCAAACCCUUUACGCAUGAGCAAAUCGAUGAAAAAUCCACGGUUGAGUAUAUAGGAGAAAAUGGAAAUAUAAUGAUUGUUAAUCCUCAUAAACAGGGCAAGGAUGCUAGGAAGAUAUUCACUUUCAACAAGGUAUUUGGAGGGAACACAACUCAAGAGCAAAUAUACGUAGAUACCCAGCCAUUGAUUAGAUCUGUGCUCGAUGGUUACAAUGUUUGUAUCUUUGCAUAUGGCCAGACUGGUUCAGGGAAGACAUACACUAUGAGUGGUCCAGACAUGACAACAGAGGAUACAUGGGGCGUAAAUUAUCGAGCUCUGCGAGAUCUGUUUCAAUUGUCGGAGGCAAGAAAAGGCGUUUUAACAUAUGAGGUUGGAGUUCAAAUGAUUGAAAUAUACAAUGAACAAGUGAGAGAUCUCCUGGUUAUUGAUGGCUCUAAUAGAAGGUUGGAAAUACGAAAUAAUUCCCAGUUGAAUGGUCUUAAUGUUCCUGAUGCAUCUUUAGUUUCUGUUAAAUGCACUCAAGAUGUUCUUGAUCUGAUGAGAAUUGGCCACAGAAAUCGUGCAGUUGGUGCUACUGCUUUAAAUGAACGAAGUAGCCGUUCUCACAGUGUUCUAACCGUACAUAUACGCGGAAAAGAAUUAGUUUCUGGGUCUACUUUGAAGGGUUGCCUGCAUCUCGUAGAUCUUGCUGGAAGUGAGAGGGUAGAUAAAUCAGAGGCCGUUGGCGAGCGUCUCAAGGAAGCUCAGCAUAUCAACAGAUCUCUCUCUGCACUUGGAGAUGUCAUUUCUGCCCUUGCACAAAAGAGCACGCACAUUCCUUACAGAAAUAGCAAGCUCACUCAAGUAUUGCAAGAUUCUCUGGGCGGGCAUGCUAAAACACUGAUGUUUGUGCAUAUAAAUCCUGAAACUAAUGCCAUCGGAGAGACAAUUAGUACCCUCAAAUUUGCUGAGAGGGUUGCCUCAAUUGAAUUAGGUGCGGCUAAAUCAAAUAAAGAAACCGGUGAAAUUAGAGAUAUGAAAGAAGAGAUAUCCAAUAUGAAGCUAUUGUUGGAGAAAAAAGAGGCAGAGUUAGAGCAAUUGAGACGUGGGAAUGCACGAGGUGCGAUAUCACCUGUCCGUAUGCCAAGAUGUAAUCCCACAAACACUUUGAGGCCCGAUGUUAAUCAGCACCACCUUGAUGAAAAUAAGAUUCCUGAGGUUAGAAGCUGUUCAUCGAUUAAACAAAGGAGGCCCCGUUACCCCUCUAAGUUCACAGACAGGGAGUCUAUACCUAAACUACUAGCUGAAGAGGGAUCACAAUCUCCUCCUAUCAGAAGAUCGAUAUCCACCGACAGAGGAGCCCAUCUUAAAAGCAGGAUCAAGCCUGAUACACCUGAUAAUCUUCCUAUAACAAAAACACAGUACCCUACACGAGCUUUCAUCAAUAGAUCUCUAGCCACCUUAGCGAGUUUACCAUCAACUGAGAAUAAAAGAGGGUAUUUAAGUUCACAAGAUAACAAUUCUGAAGCAUUACAUAAUCUCCCACGGAUUAAUGCUAGGAAAGGUAAUCAGGAGCAAGAAGAAGAGCAAUUUAAACAAAUGCUUAAUGUUAGACAGGGAGGCAUAGGAAAACUCAAGCUCGAGAAUAAUCAAGUGAAGACAAAAAGUCAAUUGCCUAUCAAAAUCCACAAAGCCGAUCUUCUACGGACAGUGUAUUCGGGUGUGGAUGCAGGCGGAACUAUUGAAGAAGGUCAUAGAAGUGACUUCUCAGAGCCAGAAAACGAGCAUGUAUUGAAUAAGCCACAACUACCAGUGGGGAUGAAAAAACUUCAACGCAGCUCAUCCAGAAGUUCUCAUACUGUGGAAGUCAGGGAACCUGGUCACAACCUGCAAUCUGUUAUGACUGCUAGUAAAAAUGAAAAUAAACCCUUAAUUGGGGCAAAUAACGCACACGAGAGUAGCAACGCAUCAAUUACGAAGUUUAGAAGGAGCCGUUCUACACCUCGAGGAAAAUUCAUGGUUCUACCAUGAUGAAUGCUCAAUAUAGAGCUCAUUUUUUUGUUGCUUUUUUAUCUCCGUUUUAUCGAUUGUCCAUAGUUUCUGUAUAGCAUAGUGCUUGAUUAUUUGGAGUGCUACCGUGGAUGCAGCCACGAAGAGAUUUGCAUUACGGGAAUCUCUCUAAUUGUUUUUUUUUUGAAACGAAACAAAUUUGUAUUUAGUUCCCUCUAUUAUUGCAAGAGUCUAGUAUCUGUGCUGUUUUUGAUUAAGAAAGUUUCAGAAAGUUGGAAACUUCCAAAA